CGACCCGGUCCCCGCCGGGGCAGCGGCUCGGAAGCCCCAGACCCCCGAGAGCCGGCCCGCCCCGCGCCAUGCCGGCCCCCGCGCUGCUGUGCGCGCUCUGCUGUGGCCUCCUGGCGCCGCCCGCGCCGGCUACUCGGGGGACGUGCAGCUGGAGGGGCAGCGGCCUGACCCAGGAGCCCGGCAGCGUGGGGCAGCUGGCCCUGGCCUGUGCGGAGGGCGCGAUCGAGUGGCUGUACCCGGCGGGGGCGCUGCGCCUGACCCUGGGCGGCCCCGACGCCGGCGCGCGGCCGGGCAUCGCCUGCCUGCGGCCGGCGCGGCCCUUCGCGGGCGCCCAGGUCUUCGCGGAGCGGGCGGGCGGGGCCCUGGAGCUGCUGCUGGCCGAGGGCCCAGGUCCGGCCGGGGGCCGCUGCGUGCGCUGGGGUCCCCGCGAGCGCCGGGCCCUCUUCCUGCAGGCCACGCCGCACCGGGACAUCAGCCGCCGCGUGGCCGCCUUCCGCUUUGAGGUGCGCGAGGACGGGCGUCCAGAGCUGCCUCCGCAGGCCCACGGUCUUGGUGUGGACGGUGCCUGCAGGCCCUGCAGUGACGCUGAGCUCCUCCUGGCUGCGUGUACGAGCGACUUUGUGAUUCACGGGACCAUCCAUGGGGUCACCCACGACACGGAGCUGCAGGAGUCGGUCAUCACUGUGCUAGCUGACCGUGUCCUGCGCCAGACUCUGCCCCUGUUCCAGGCGGGGGGCCCCGGGGGCCAGGGGCAGGCUUCCAUCCGCACCCCCCUGCGCUGUGGGGUCCGACCUGGCCCGGGCACCUUCCUCUUCAUGGGCUGGAGCCGCUUCGGCGAGGCCUGGCUGGGCUGUGCCCCCCGAUUCCAGGAGUUCAGCCGUGCCUACGCAGAUGCCCACGCGGCCCACCUCCACCCCUGUGAGGUGGCGCUGCACUGAGGGCUUGUGAGCUAGCUGCCAGCUGGACCGUCCUCUGGGGGUGGGGG